UAUUUGUAAAUAGGUAAUCUCUGCAGCAACGGAUUUAAACAAGCAAAAUCGAAUCUGUAAGAACAUGUCAUUUGAUAUAACCGUAUUGGAGCCCAGCGAAGUUUCAAUAAACUUGAAAUUAUUUAAACAAUUUCAUUUUUUUCAUCUUUUUGAUCCAAAAAGCAAAAAAGUUUGCAAUUUUAAUGUGCAUUAUCUAGUAUGGUACAUAAUAAAUUGCGUCAUUGGUUGUACAAUAAUGUUCGGAAUGAUGGGUUAUUUUACUGAGGCAGGCAAUGAAUUAAAUAUUGCUAAUGAUGUACAGUCAAUGUUUUGUUGUUUAAUUUAUUUUCUAUGUUUAAUUAAAAUAAUUACAUAUUUUAAUAAAGCAAAUGACAUUUGGGAUUUACUCCGCGUUACUUGUACACAUUUUUUGUCGAGCACACAGUGUCAAACACAUAUUGGAAUUCUCAAAAAAUAUCGCAAAAAAUCAAUAAAAAUAACAAAUUACAUAAGUGUUUUUGCAAUUAUAACUACCAUCCAAUGGUGCUUGUAUCCUCUAGUGCUGCUGUUGUUGCAAAAAGAAGACGCAAACCAAUCAAGUCGACGUUUUGAGAAUAUUUUCAACUUUCGGUUCCCAGUAACCAUUGUUUACUAUAAUAAUAAUUAUUUCAUAUUUUAUAUUAUAGAGGUAUCUAUUGUAGUGAUUCUGUUAUACAUGCAUAUAGUGAGUGAAGUCUUCUUUAUUUCUCUCUGCUAUGUUAUGAUUGCUCAAUAUGACAUGAUCAAAAGAGCUUACGAAAACGUCAACAGUGAACUAAAAUCCGAAAAUAAUUGUGAAAACAAAAAUGAUAAUAAUGCGAAUGAUUGUUUUGAUGAUUUAGUAUCAAUUAUGAAGGAUCAACAAAAACAAUUUUCGAUGUUAAAAUUAUUUCAUAUUACGUAUAAAUUUAUAAUUUUAUCAAAUGUUGUAGCAUAUUCGGGUUCCAUCAUUAUUCUAACAUAUGCAUCUGCCAUGAUUUUUACGUCAUCCGAAUCAUUACCAAUGUUUAGUAUAAUCAAAUUGGUAUCAUCAUUUGGAAACGUAUUUAUUAUUUUACUUAUCCUUUGUCAUUUGUUGGAACGCAUUAAUAAUAAUAUGGAAUUUGUUCAUUUUGGGAUGUAUAAUAGUAAUUGGACUUCGAUGAAUUUAAGAUCGAAAAAAAUGUUGUUGCUUUCAAUGCAGUUGAAUAAUGCUAAUGAAUUGAUGAUUAAAAUAACACCGAGAAAAAUUAUCAACCUACAAUUUUUUAAUAGUGUGAUAAUCACAUGCUAUAAUAUUCUCUCAGCUAUGUUGAAUAUAAAUUCUAAAUAA